GUAAGGUUUUGUUUUUAUUAUUCAAGUACUCUUCAUAACGUUUCGUAUCUCUUAUUUUGUAAGGGUUUUCUGGAUAGCGAUGUGCGUCCUUUCGAUCUACGGUUGUGCAAGCCUCAUAGAAACGGUGUACGAUAAGUGGACACGCUCCCCGGUGGUAGUAACAUUCGCAGAAAAACCAACACCAGUCCACGAUAUUCCUUUCCCGGCCGUUACAAUCUGUCCGGUUACGAAGGUGAAAUCAAAAGUGCUCAACUUUACUACCAUCUAUCAGCACCUUGUGCACGGUGGAAACGUGACGGAUGAAGACUACGAUCGGUUCCUCGCCAUGAUACAGGUGUGCGACUUUUCGUUCAAUAAAUACUUAGUCAAACAGCAAUUUGACGACAAUCUCGUACACCUGCUGCAGGAGAUGGCACCUCCGUUCGAGGAGCUGUUCCUAAUGUGCAUUUGGCGAGGUAAAUACGUCAACUGUAGCGAUCUGUUCGAGCCAACGCUCACGGAGCGUGGCAUUUGCUACACCUUCAAUGGACUUGGAGCGGACGAUAUUCUGAGGAAGGAGGAGUACCACCAAGACUUUGAACAUCUUGGAGAGAAACGAUCAUCCGAGAACUGGUCAAUGGAGCAUGGAUAUCGUCCUAAUAUAGGGCUGAAAGCUUAUCCACGACGCGUAGCCAGCCCAGGUUCUACGGCAGGUUUGUUCGUGGGCCUGAAAUCUGAACUGAGCGAUAUGGACUACCUGUGUGGUAUAUCAAACCAAAACAUUCGCAUUCCGAUGAACCAAGCACUUACCGUAAGCGUUGAUCCGUUGCAAAUCACCACCUCGGAGAACGUGAUGUCCUACAGUCCGGAGAAAAGGCUGUGCUACUAUCCGCACGAACGCUAUCUGCGCUUUUUCCGUCUCUACACCAAGGGCAACUGUGAGCUGGAGUGUCUGUCUAACUUUACGCUGCAUAUGUGCGGUUGCGUCCUGUUUUCGAUGCCACGAGCGGCCAACGUCCACAUCUGUGGGUUGGCGAAACUGGCCUGCUGCGAAGAGGCCGAAUCAAUCCUCCAGGAGCAAGGACUUGGUUCGGUGGAUAACUCAACGAAAAUGUUGCUGCAGUCGUGCAACUGUCUGCCGGCCUGUAUCUUUCUGAAGUACAAGACAGAGAUCUCGCAGUCGCACUUCGAUUGGCGCCGGCUAACUGACACGAUUCAUAUCUGUGAAAAGGAACUGAAUAACUCGGAACUGUCAUCUUUAGCAGUCUACUAUAAAGAGGUGCAGUUUAUCUCGAUCAAACGCAACCAACUGUUCGGACUUAAUGAUUUCAUCGCGAAUUGUGGCGGUAUUCUUGGUUUGUUUAUGGGUGUCAGUUUGCUUAGCAUCGUUGAGAUGCUAUACUUCUUUACGAUGAAACCACUGAUCAACUACUGUAUGCGGAGGUCGAGGAACAGCUCAAAAAUUGCUACCGUGGAACCGUACGUCCCUGGAGGCACCUAUAGCAUUACCUUUAAUAAGUUUAUUCGUGAUGCUGCUUAA